AUGCCUACUGCACCCGCCAAACCACCGCCCCCAAAUACCGGCCCUGGAGGCGCUGGUGCCGCUUUGAAGGAAGAGAACAUCUACAUUCCAUCUUUUAUCAGUAAACGCCCGUUCUAUGCCGGCGAAGAGGGCGAUGAGAAUGACUACCUUCAGCAUCAGCGUCGCGAAGAGAAGAACGACAAAUCACAAUGGUACGAUCGAGGGAGAAAGGCCGGCCCAGCGGCCACCAAGUAUCGCAAAGGUGCUUGCGAAAACUGCGGCGCCAUGACACACAAGAAGAAAGACUGCCUGAGCCGACCACGAGCCAAGGGCGCAAAAUGGACAGGCAAAGACAUUCAGGCCGAUGAGGUGAUCCAAGAUGUCAACAUGGGAUGGGACGCCAAGCGCGACCGAUGGAAUGGAUAUGAUGCGAAGGAGUAUCGCAGUGUGGUCGAUGAGUUCAACCAGAUGGAGGAGCUACGCAAGCAGGCCACCAAGGACGGAAAUGCCGAUGAAGAGACAGAAGAAGGCGACAAGUACGCGGAAGAGAAUGAUAUGAGCAAACAUCAGAGCACAGCAACACGACAACUGCGAAUACGAGAGGACACGGCCAAGUAUCUUUUGAACCUCGAUCUAGAAUCUGCCAAGUACGAUCCGAAAACACGAUCACUGGUCGAUGCAGGUGCAACGGCAGACAAGGCAGCAGAUGCAUUCGCGGAAGAAGGUUUCAUGCGAUCCUCGGGCGAUGCUGGCGCAUUCGAGAAUGCUCAGCGAUAUGCUUGGGAGGCUCAAGAAAAGUCUGGUAACACAAGCCAGCAUCUGCAAGCAAACCCCACAGCAGGAGAGUUUUAUCGGAAGAAGGAGCUGGAGGAGGCAGAGGCAAAGCGUGCGGAACGAGAGAAGUUGCUGCUCGAGAAGUACGGUGGAGAUCAGAAGGCUAUGCCGGCUGCUUUGCGCAACAUGGCUAUCACCGAAUCCGAGACUUUUGUUGAGUACGAUGAGGCUGGUCUGAUCAAGGGUGCGCCCAAGAAGGUGGCCAAAUCCAAGUACGCUGAAGAUGUUCUCAUCAACAAUCAUACUUCAGUAUGGGGAAGCUGGUGGUCCAAUUUCAAAUGGGGCUACGCUUGCUGUCAUUCGUUCAUCAAAAACAGUUACUGUACUGGUGACGACGGAAAAUUGGCAUGGGAGGCGGCUGAGCGUCAACGGACUGGAGCGAACCUGGUCAAUGACGAUGAAGAGGAGACAGAAGAGCCUUCAAAGGAGGAGGCAGAGAACAAGGAGGAAGAGCAGCCGCGCAAGCGGACAAGAGAAGAAAUGAUGAAUGGCGUGACAGAUGAGGAAAUGGACGAGUAUAGGAGGAAACGAACGGUGACGAACGAUCCAAUGGCAAAGCUGCUGGGCAAGGAUGAACUUUUAUCAUAG